AUGGCAAAUUGUUGUUCCAAAGCUACAUCAUUUUUUGGAGUGGUGCAACGUAUUUAUACAAUGUUUUCUUCUUCUACUAAAAGAUGGAAAAUUUUACUAGACCAUAUCCCUAACCUUACUUUGAAGUCAUUGUCACAAACACGUUGGGAAAGUCGUAUUGAAAGUGUAAAAGCUAUAAGAUUCCAAACUUCACAAAUAAGAGAUGCUUUAUUUAAGUUAGGUGAAAUGAAUGAUGAACCUAAAAUAAAAAGUGAAGCUGAAUGUUUGGCAACUUAUGAGCUUGAAAAUUUUGAAUUUUUGCUAGGCAUGACUAUUUGGUAUGAAAUAUUGUUCGCUGUAAACUCAGUUAGUAAACACUUUCAAUCAAAGGAUAUGAGCAUUGAUGUUGCUAUAGAGCAAUUGAAAGGGCUUAUUUCUUUUUUCAAAAAAUACAAGGAAUAUGGUUUUGAAAAUACCAUAAUUUCGGCUAAAGAAAUUGCUACCGAAAUGGAUAUAGAACCUAAGUUUCGUGAAAAACGUAUUAUUCGUAGAAAGAGACAAUUUGAUGAGAUUAUUGACAAGGAAGUUUUAAAAACUCUUGAAGAAUCAUUUAAAUCUGACUAUUUUUUGUACAUAUUAGACCAUGCAAUUACAUUAUUUCGAACUCAAAGAGUAAAUUUUAAAUAA